GAUUGACAAACGGAUCGUCCAAUCAGACGCUGGCUGUAGAUCGGUGCAUGUGGCGGAAGUUGAAGAAGCUAGCCGAGAGGAUUAAAGUAACGUUUAUGUCCCCGUUCUCCGAACCAUCGUUCAAACGGGAUGAAGUCAACCCACAAAUGUUCGCUGUUGUAAAUGCUCCUUGACACGACGCAGAGCGAAGGAGAGCGAUGUCCCUGCCAGUAGCUAAAUCCCCGGACAAGAUAAACCUGCGGGCAGAAAUUAAGGUGUGACAACAACAGACCGUGUAAAGUGGUUCCACUGCAGGCCAGUGUAAAGUGGUCAUUUGUCUGUGAGUGUGUUAUAUGGUUGUUUAUGAGUGGCGGAGCAGCUGGGGGUUGUAAUGUGAUGCCAAGAUGCUGCUGUCCCUGGGAAUGCUAAUGCUGUCGGCCACACAGAUUUACACCAUCUUCACUGUUCAACUCUUCGCCUUCCUCAACCUGCUGCCCGUGGAGGCCGACAUCGCUGCUUACUCAUUUGACAAUAAAAGCGAUAACUUCGAUGACCUGCCUGCACGGUUUGGCUAUCGGCUACCCAGCGAUGGACUGAAGGGCUUCCUGAUUGGUGCACGACCAGAAAAUGCGUGUGAGCCCAUCGAGCCCCCUCCAAGGGACAACAUGACCGGCGCCUUCAUCGUCCUCAUCAAGCGCUUUGACUGCAACUUUGACAUCAAGGUCCUCAAUGCUCAGAAAGCCGGCUACAAGGCGGCCAUUGUUCACAAUGUGGUCUCUGAUGACUUAAUCAGCAUGGGAUCCAAUGAUCUGGAUAUUAUGAAGCAGAUAGAUAUUCCCUCGGUGUUUGUGAGUGAGCAAACUGCCAACUCUCUGAAAGAGGACUUCACAUAUGACAAAGGGGGACACGUGGUCCUCAUGCCAGACUUCAGCCUGCCGCUAGAAUACUACUUGAUACCCUUCCUGAUCAUCGUGGGAAUCUGCCUCAUCCUCAUUGUCGUUUUCAUGAUCACCAAGUUUGUCCAGGAUCGACAUCGGGCUCGGAGGAGCCGCCUGCGUAAAGAUCAGCUCAAGAAACUUCCCAUCCACAAGUACAAGAAAGGAGACAACUACGAUGUGUGCGCCAUCUGCCUGGACGAAUAUGAAGAAGGUGACAAACUCCGGGUCCUGCCAUGUUCUCAUGCCUACCACAGUAAGUGUGUGGACCCCUGGCUCACCAAAACCAAGAAGACGUGUCCGGUGUGCAAGCAGAAAGUGGUGCCCUCGCAGGGCGACUCCGACUCCGACUCGGAGGAGGGGGAGAGCGGUCCCGACGAGAACGAGGAGGUGUCGGAGAGCACCCCCCUUCUGCGCUCUCUGGCAUCCACCAGCGCCCACUCGUUCGGCACCAUGUCGGGGGCGUCGCGCUCGGAGCAAGACCAGGAAUCCUCCGACUAUGAGGACGACGAGCUGGACAGCAGCGACAGCGAGGACGAGGUCACCGUCGAGACCGUGGUGGUGCAGAUGCAGCAGCCGUGCUCGGAAGGCCUGGAGCACGACCUGCCGCGAGCCUGACCUCCCUGCUCACCAAAGCCCUCCUAAACCUCUCGGCUGCAGACACUUUCGUUUGGGGGGGCGGGGGGGGUCCACGAAACGGUUUGAUCUUUUCUGUCACUGCUUACAAGACAUUGUAAUGUAUCCGCCCUAUGAGUUCAAUUACAGAUCUUGAUUUUUUUUUUUACAUGAUUACUGAUAACGGGCUGAUUUUCCAACCGUGUGACAGGAAGUCGGUGGCUUAUCGUAGGGGCCGUUUGGCAGAUUUGACAGACCUGGUUACACUGAUGUACAGUAGACUUUUAUACUGUACUUAAUGUAAAAGAUGAUGCACAAAUGAGUGGGAAAAGUCCCAGACAUGCAAGCGCACGCUUAUUUAGUUAAAGUGUAUAUAAAAAUUAUAAAUCACAAUAAGUUCCAACUUUGAUUAUCUCCUCCAGGUUUCAGAUGACGGGAAGGUUUCAUUAUUGUACAUGUUCACAUUACACCGCUAUGCAGCAUCCUUUUUGUCAAAGAUGUAACUAACAUUCAGCAAAUAUAGAAACAUUUAAAGCCACAGCAAUGUUUUUUGCCUCUCGUAUGAAGGAUCCCAGGGGCUCCUGUUUGUAUUUUGUGCCACGGUUUAUCUGUUACAGUGAUUCACACUAAGAGCAACUGAAGCGAGCCAGUCUGAGAACGCGUUGGAAGCAGGAUGUGCUCUUGUGAUGUCACACGCUGCCCGUGGUGAACUUCUUCCGGCUGCUCCAGACCUCGAUCCCUCCAUUUAACACAAGCAGUUAUUUGUUGAUAGGCCUUGUAAUGCACAUCUAACUGACCAUAUCUCCUUUUAAUAAAGUUUAUAGUAAAUAUGCUGCUUUUUUCUUUUCAUAAUGUAGCUUGAUUGAUUGUUCAUGAACAAAUUGCCUUUUCAGUUGAUGUAUUGUCUUGUUAGUGUUUUCCUGCUCAUGUAUGUCUGUUCGCAAUACAAAUUUACUUCAAUAAAAGGAAAAUGACACUUGACAAGGAAA